AUGCAAAAUCAGCAUGCCUAAAUUCUAUCACGUCAAAAUUUCUCAUAAGGGAACUACAACUUAUUAGAAAAUGGUCAGGUAUAAUAAGAUAUUAAGUAACAACCUCUUAAUCAAAGUACUGCAAGCAAUACUAAAAAGAUUAAAAUCAUUUCAGAAACUGAAUUAAAUGAUACAAGUUCUUAUUCUAAAACAAGAUAACAAUAAGAUAACACUGAAUAAUCUUCAUAAUAAUAAAUAAUAAUACGAUAAGACUCGUUUUAGAAAAAUUCUACAGAUUAAUAUAAAUAAGAGAUGGAAUCAAGGAUCAUCAUCUCUAGUUAACUCUUUAAAGAUGAUGUAAUUGAAACUAUGGCUCUUACUUAAAUUUUCACUUGUUCCUAUUGUUUAGGGUCGCUUUCAUCUCAAAAUAUAUUACUGCCUUGUUUUCAUUAUUAUCAUUAAGAAUGCUUUUCUGAGAUGAUUAAUAAUUUUUUGAUUCGAGGAUACUUUAAGGUUUUUCAGUGCAAAUGCAAUAUAAGUAUUCCUUAUAAGACUUUGAUAAGUUUGGCAUCGAAGGACAGCAAGUUAGUUGAGGACCUGCUAAUUUAAUAAUAGGCAUGGAUUAUAUCUUCUGCUCCUCUGAAAAUACAAGAUUAAAUUUCUGGGGAUAGGAAAAACAUCAACAACAUUAAGGCAUUUAUUAGAGAGCAAAUAAAUAACUAUAAAGCUGGAUUAAUUAAAAAAUGA